AUGUCAGCGCCCGUUACUUCAUCCCCUGUUACUGUGAUUUCAGGAUUUGAUUUUGCUGCAGAAGCUCCGCCGGCUGUGCUCCCUGCGGGGGUUCUCUCUAUCGAUUACAAUGGCAUGACCGAUGAAAUGCCUUUUGUUCCGACUCUUGGAGCACGGGGGAAGCCGCUCAAGCUUGUCCCGAAGUUGGAUCCGAAUCCAAUUCCUCCUCCACAAUCGGAUAAAUGUAUCCCUCCACCUGCUGUUAAGGAAGAUGGAAAACAUCGGUUUCCAUGGGCUGCGAAAAUGAACCCAAAAUUUCGAAAUCUUCACCGUGCCACAUCUCCGACCUAUCUGGAGGAUGGUACCCCCAUGGUAGAAAUCCCAAAUCACGUUCUGUUGCAAGGAAUUGAAAAUCAAAAGGAGUACGUGAUUGGUCAGUUCUUCCAUUGUAAGACGCCAUCUGGAGGCCUCGUUCAUGCUGUUACAAAUCGGAUAUGGGUUAAGAAAUGUAAGAUUUUUACUCGUAAGUUGGGUGAAUCUUCUUAUCUGUUUCAUAUUCCUGACGCUUCCACUAGAGCUUGGGUUCUUCAACGCGGUUUAUGGCAUGUUGAUGAAUGCUUAUUGUUUGUUUCCCCUUGGACUCCAGAAGCAUCUUUAGCUAUGCCUGAAAUCUCUUCAGUUCCUGUCUGGGUUACUCUAAAAAAUAUUCCGAGUCGUCUGUACUCUCAUGUAGGGUUUAGUUGGGUAGCUUCUGGGCUAGGGGAACCCGUGCUCACUCAAAAACCUAGGCUAGACCCAACUAUGAUGGGAGAGGCUAAGCUUUUGGUUGAGCUAGGCCACAAGGUGGCGAGAUGUCUCCAUGAUAUUGCUAUUACUGAGAAUGUUGCCUCACCUGUAGAUGCGGCUACAUUAAGGCCUGGAACUGUUGUUCCUAUCACUUUUGUGCCUCCGUUUGCUCAUGUAGCCAACCCAGUUCAUGAUCAAUUAUUGAAUGAUUCUCUGGAGAUUACUUCAGUCUCUGUAUCAAACAUUAAUAAAACUUCUUCUCCAACUACUGAGGCAGCUAAUCUUGUUGAAGCUGCCCACACCUCCAACUAUCCAUCUGUUAUGACAUAUGAAUCUACUUCUACAACUACUAAAUUGGAUGACCAAACUGAGCCUCAAACAAACGUCACUAUUCCGAACAGCAAGGCACCCAUAACCACAGAAAAUCAUAUCUCUUUUGGCGAUCUGUCUGAUCAGGACCUUUUUCCAAUAGAAACUUUGCAAGAUGAAGACCAAGUGUCUGUAUCGUUUCAGAGGACUUUGCGAGAGAGGCCUGUCAAAUCACCCAUAAGAUUGCAACCGGAAGAACCGGAGACAACUCCUCAGCAACAAGCCAGAGCAGCGGCGUUGACGACGACGGAUAGUUUGGCUUCCGACGACGAUCGAUCUAUUGCGGCGGAUUCGUGGUCGAUCAAGAGCGAGUAUGGAAGCACUCUCGACGACGAUCAGCGCCACGCCGACGCCGCCGAGGCUCUCUCCUCCGCCAACUUCCGCGUCUCUUCAGAUUACAGUUCUGACAAGGAAGAGCCAGACGCUGAUGGAGGACAGUCAAUGCUUGGUCUCCAAAGCUAUUGGGACGCGGCGUAUUCCGAUGAGCUCACGAAUUUCAGGGAGCAUGGUCAUGCCGGCGAAGUUUGGUUUGGAGAUGAUGUCAUGGAGAUUGUUACUUCUUGGACAAAAGAUUUGUGCGUUGAGAUUUCUCAACGAGAGAUGUCUGUUUCUGACAACGAUGUCAAAACGGAGGUGAAUGAUCAGGCUGAUAAGUAUUUGUCUAGUUGGAAUGUGCUUGACCUUGGUACUGGGAAUGGCUUACUCCUUCAUCAACUUGCUAAGGAGGGGUUCUCUGAUUUAACCGGGACUGAUUAUAGUGAAGGAGCGGUAGAACUCGCUCAACAUCUCUCCCAACGUGAUGGGUUUCCGAAUAUCUGUUUCAUGGUUGAUGAUAUCCUUGAUACAAAACUGGAACGGCAAUUCAAGCUGGUAAUGGACAAAGGAACAUUAGAUGCUAUUGGUUUGCAUCCUGAUGGCCCUGUCAAAAGAGUCAUGUAUUGGGACUCAGUGUCCAAGCUGAUUGCUCCUGGUGGAAUAUUGGUUAUCACGUCGUGUAACAACACAAAGGACGAACUCUUGGAAGAAGUGGAGAAUUUCAACGUCAGGAAAUUGAACUUAUCUAGAGAUGGAGAUGAUGGUACCAAUGUGGUUGCCUCUGGCUCUGAAGCUGGUAACAACAGAGUUGAUCAUCCUCCGUUUGAGUAUCUGAGCCACGUUAGGACAUAUCCGACCUUCAUGUUUGGUGGUUCUGUAGGAUCUCGUGUGGCCACUGUUGCUUUUCUAAGGAAGUGA